AUGAGACUAUCCGACUUCGGGCUCAUCAACCAUAGAUGGCACAAGAACGAUCGCCACAACAAGUAUGCCGGCUGCGACGCCAUUAUCAGGUGUGCUGGUGCUCAGUGAGCUCGUACGACGCCGUUGCUGCUGCCGACGCAAGCAUCCCGGAUUUCCACUCGUUCAAGCUGCAAAUAUCCGUAUGAGACUGUGAGUGGCAGGUCACAACUACAACCCCGCCCAUUCAAUCAUUACUGGUCAUUCAUCGUGCUAUGUCUCGAGCAACCGUGUGGCUCUUCCCCAGAUACACAAUGA